AUGAAGGCAGUUAUCGUCACCCAGCCCAAGACCGAAGGUCUGGUCACAGAUCGACCCAUCCCCAAACUUCGUGAUGAUUACCUUCUCGUCAAGACCGUCAGUGUGGGAUUGAACCCUACCGACUGGAAGCAUAUUGCUUUCAUUGCUCCUCCCGGUGUUCUCGUCGGAUGCGACUAUGCAGGCACCGUCGAAGCCGUCGGCAAGGAUGUCAAAAAGCAAUUCAAGAAGGGUGACCGCGUGUGUGGAUUCGUGCACGGUGCCAAUGCAGUGCAGCCUGAAGAUGGCGCUUUCGCCGAGUACAUCGUUGCCAAGGGGGACGUGCAGUGGAAGAUACCCGAAAAUAUGAGCUUCCAGGAAGCCGCUACCCUCGGAGUGGGCAUCAGCACCGUGGGCCAGGGUCUGUACCAGAGUCUGAAGCUUGCGCUGCCCACUGAGCCUAUCAAGGAUGCGACUCCGAUUUUGAUUUACGGCGGCUCCACCGCGACCGGCACCCUGGCCAUCCAAUUUGCCAAGUUGUCAGGCUACAAGGUCCUGACCACUUGCUCGCCGCGCAACUUCGAUUUGGUCCGCAGCCUUGGCGCCGAUGAUGUCUAUGACUACAAGGACGCCCAGGCCCCCGCUAAGAUUCGCAAGGCCACUGAUAACAAACUGAAGCUCGUAUUCGACUGUAUCUCGCUCGAGUCCAGUGCUGCGUUCUGCGACAAUGCUAUCUCCACCGAUGGCGGCGAGUAUAGCGCUCUGUUGAGCAUCAAAAUUAACCGUGCCAAUGUGAACGACCGCUUUACUCUGGCUUAUACCACCAUCGGCGAGGCGUUCUCCUUCGGAGAUAUUCCCUUCCCCGCCAAGCCGGAAGACAAGGCGCACGCUGAAAAAUUCAUUCACAUUGCCGAGGAUCUGCUUGCUCAAGGAAAGGUCAAGGUUCACCCCCUAAGAUCGGUCAGCAUGGGCUGA